AUGUCCUCCUUAAAUCCAUGUGCACCCGUUUUUAUACCUUCCCCACGACCAUUACCCCCAAUACCCCAUUACUUGGCUGCGGUAAAUGCUGCUGGAUAUGCAUUCGUUGCUGCUUAUCCCAGACAUCCCCUCGCAGAUUUCGCCGCUGAAGAAGUUCGAACGGCAGUAGACGAACGAGCACUUCUUUUGCACCAAAAGGAGGAGUUGAGAGAAAAAAUGUUGGUGUUUCAUUUGAAUAAGUUUUUGCUGGGUACUGAAGAGGAAAGGAGGGUAGUGAAGAGUAAAGAGUGGUUUAAGAAGCAAGAAGUGUCGAUUGUGCUUGAAUAUAAAACAACAUGUGCGAAGUUGGGCCAGCGACCUGAGGUUGGUCAUUGGUUCUUUUGA